AUGGAAAUAAAUGAAACUGAUGAUGAUGCUUUAAAAAAAGAGCGUAAGUUAUUUGGAAUAUGUGCUUCAACAACCAAAGAAGAUUUAUCAGAGAUACUUCAUAAAUUUCAAGAUUAUAAACAUUCAAAGUUAACAAUUGGAAUGUUUUUUGAAUUUAUGAAAGUUGCUUAUCAAGUAAAUGAUAAUUGUGAAAGUAUAACUGCAAUAUUAAUUGCACAGAACAAACUUGAUUGGAGCAAGUUAUCAAAAAUUAAUUUAUGGUUUGAAACACCAAAUUAUGUGACAGAUGAAAAAUAUACUAAUAGUAAUGUCAUGCAGAAAAAUAAAAAUCCUAAUGUAAUAGAAGAAAUCUUAUUUGAAACAUAUGAUAUUAAUGUUAAAAAUUCUAUGCAUUGUAUUGCAUCUUCAAAUGAACAAGCGUAUACUUGCAAUCAAAAUUCAACAACUAGUUUUGAGAAGUGCAAUCAAACUGCACAAAAUCCAUUGUGUAUAGAAAAUGCAACAAUUACAAAAUCUAUAGAUACAACAGAAAAUAUUUUAGUAACAUUAAUGAAGACAACUUUAAGCGAUGUUUUACAUGAAGGUUUAUUGGAUUCAGUAUUACCAUAUAUGAUUCCAAAACCAGUUGUAUCACAGCCUAUAAUAAAAAAAUCUAUCACAAAUACUGAAGUGAGAAGAAGUAAUUCAUUAAGUAAUAAUAUUGAAGCAAGGGCAAUUACAAAUAUAACACAAAAAGAUAAGGAGAAAGAUAAAAGUAAACAGAACAAGAAAUUAAUAGAAAAUGAAGUGGAAAUUCAUGUCCAUGAUGAAGAGAAAAAUAUUAAAAAAAAUUUUCACUGUCCCCAGAAACUUCUCAUACAAAAAAUGCAUUAUUUUGCUGAUGUAACGGCAGGUCAAAAAUUGGAAGAGAUAGAUAUAUCUGUACAUUGUGACAUUACGAUUUUUGACUGGUUAAUGAGAUGGGUUAAAAAGGACAUUAUAAAAAAGUCAGAAUGGCCAGUUUUAGAAACUAGUAAUGUUAUUCCAAUAAUGGUGUCUGCAUCAUUUUUACAAAUGGAACCACUUUUAGAGCAUUGUUUACAGUUCUGCCAUGAUAACAUGUCUGAUAUACUAAAAACAUCAACAGUUUUAUCUAGUUUAGAUGAUAAUCUUUUGACAAGAUUAGUAGAACAAUUUACAAAUGAAGAAGUAGAAGGAUUAAAAGAUAAAAAAGAUAAAAUUCAAAGUAAGUUGUUUUGUAAGUUAAUUAUGUCUCUAGCUGAAAUGAUGCCAGAUAAUAAAAAAGGGCACUACAGUUCCUUAGCUACAUUAUUUAAAUGUAUCAAAUGUGGUAAAAAUAUUAUUCAAUCAGUUUCUAAUUGUGUACCAUGUAUUCCAAGCGCUAUGAAAAUUGAUACUCAUGGAAAUAUUUCUAGUAAUCAUGUAAGGGAUUUAACAUGGUCAUUAAAUAAUUAUAUUAUUACUCUUCGGACGGAAUUACGUUCAUGGCGUAAAGUUUAUUGGAGAUUAUGGGGUGAUUGCCAUUUCCUGUUUUGUACACAAUGUAAUAUAUAUUUUCCAAUACAUCAGUUUGAUUGGUGCUGUUAUCAUGCAGAAUUUUCACAAUUUUUUAUUAACGAACAGCAACGACCUAUGCCAUUCCCUUUAGGCAGAUAUCCAUGUUGUAGCCAACGAGCAUAUAGAUUUGAAGUAUUACCAAAUUAUGAAGGAUGCACGUACAGGGAACAUGCUCCAGAUGUCAGGACGCAAAGGGAUGUAAAUAUAUUAAACAUAUUUACAGUGUAUAAAGAAGUAAUAGCUAUGGAACCACCACAGUUAUUUUUUCCGGAAAAAAUUACCCGAUUAGUAGCUCGUGAUUUAUCUCUUCAACCAGGAAAAUUAAUGUGUAAAGAUGUAAUGUGGUGGGUUGGCAUAGAACUUGCACCACAACGACAAAAACUUGGACUUUUAGGAAAAAUCUGGAGCGGAUCAGGAUUCCGACGUUUCUCUCAUGUACAGGAUAUACAAAAACCAUUACAAAAAAUUCGUCAACAAGUUUCUGUUACAACUGAUACUUCUUCUUCGAUCUCAGAUAGUGAGAUAGAUGAUGGUAUAACACCUUAUGAAGAUAGUAGUAUCGAUGAAGAAUCAUGUUGUAGCGAAGAAUCUGAAGCACGGUCUUUCUCAAAACCAAAAAAUAAGAUUAAGAAAAAGUUAAAAAACCAAAACUUAUGGAGAAACACCAAUCGAUUUUGGAAUAGCGAUUUAAAUAUAAGACACAAUCAAGAUAAUCAGAGAGAUUUUGAGGAAGGAGCAACAUCACAAAUGAUAGCAUUAUUGACAAAAAGAGUAUCUGCCGAUUCUUCUUCAUUAUUAAAAUCAUCUAACAAACACAAUCGAAUAAAAAAACAAUUAAAUGGAGGAACUUACAUGAGAUUGGAGGCAGAAUUUCGUGAUCAAUUGAAUCAGAGUUACAAAGGCAAAAAUGUGACAGGAAAGUAUUUUCUACGUAUGAAAUCAAACAAAUUAUAAGUACAUGGCAUUAAAAUAAUUUCAAUUAAA